AUGACCACUGACCUAGAGCCGGAAUCUCCUCGGCCUGACGACGGAGCCCCCGUCGUCCCUACCACGGCUGCCCAGCAUCUGGCCAGGUUUGAGUUCAGUGAUGCUGGCACAAAGGUGCUCAUGGUUGAGUGGUAUCCCGACGCCGUCCAUGCCCCCGCUCCCUCCGAUGAUCCUCCCGCCGAUCUCGCCGACCCUCCCUCCGCUCCGAGCACCGAUGACGUCUCCGCUGCGGAACCGGCCUCGGCCGCUGCCAACACUGGUAUUGGUGCAGAUGCAGAUGCUGUCAACAGCAGCACCUACUGGCAGGUGUCAUGGCCUGGCAAGUCUACAAACCUACCCGCCGCCGAGCCCGACUCGGAUCCAGAAUCAGCCUCGAGCACCUCAUCCCGCCGACGCCGAGUCUACUUCCUCCUUCCCGCAGAUGCCACCGUCCCUGCCACCAUCACCAUCACGCCUCCCGGAGCGCCGAGCUUGACCCUCAAGCCUCUGCCGGCCAUCUUCCCUCCUGGCCUAGCUGCAGACCCGGGACCUCGGGGCGUGUUGCACACGUUAUGGGCACGGCAACGCCUUGCCGCGAUAGACCGUGAGGUUGCGGCUGAGCUACGCAAUAAUGCAGAGGGCGUGGGCGUCGAGAUGGCUCUCGCCGAGCGGAAAUGGAUCCUCGAUACCUUCAUCCGCCCACCUUCCUUACCCACGGAGCCGUCCACCCGCCCUGCAGCCCCUAGGUCGCCUACGGGCCGGCUGGGAGAUAAGCUCAAGGGCCUCAAGCUGGCUACGUCGCCUGCAGACCUGACGCCCAACACACCCGCAAACACCUUCACAAGCCCAAUCAGCCAGUCCCGGCCCUUCCACCCGCUGGGCGCCGACAUUGCCGUUUCGUCCCACGAAGCCAUGGCCGCCAACACUCGCGCAGCUCCGAUGUCACUCAAUGCCGCGCUGCAUGGAGACGUCACUGGCGCCGCCUCGGCACCAGUCAGGUUCCGGGCACGGGACGAAGAGGAUGACUUGUUCGCGCUACCCAUGAGCCCGCGUAGCCCAGACAUGAAGAAGAGUCCAUUUAGCGCGCUGUGA